CGAACAUAAUCGUUCAUACACGACGCUCAGUAGCACCGUGGAUUCCUCGCGAUUUGUAUAAUUACCAGUCACUCCGCGAACUUUAAUUACAGUUUACAUUAUUACAAUUACCAGUCAGUUGACCGCUCGAAGGAACCAUCCAAGAAUUAUGACCGCCUUCGACAUCACGGACGUUCUUGGCAUUUCGUUGUUGAUGCACCUCACCUUUAGUCUGAUGUUGUUGGUCCUUUCGCUACCGCUACUACUGUUCGUUUAUCCGGUAGUGGCAUGGUCGAGAAAGGUUUGGAUAAGUUUCGUCAAAUGGAAGUACCCAAACGUGGUGGUAGUAGAAGAGAACAGUAUACGCACUAUUCUGGAUCAAUUCCGAAAUCACGGGAUUUAUACUUUACUUAUUCAAGCACGUUCAAUAGCGGAGAAUAUUCGAGGACAUUUAAUUCACCUGACAUCGUCGAGAAGAUUCCUUCGAGCAGGUUUAUCCACUAGAUGGGGUCUCUACGUGUGGAAGGAUCUUGAUUAUUUCUCUAUCGAUAAUCAUUUCUUAAAUUCACCAUGCUCGUUCAGAGGUCGCCCUAUCACAGAGUCGAAUAUUCAGGAUUACGUGAGCGAUUUGACCUCGAAAUUCUUUCCAACUGGGCAACCACCAUGGCAGGUGCACGUGAUUAACUGUUUCCUCCGCGGUGAAGAGUACCAAGUGUGUCUGGUGAGGGUCCAUCACCUACUGCUUCGACAGGAACACUUGGCAUUGGCUGAUUUCCUUCCACUGAGAUAUUCAACCGACGGUUGGUCCUGUCAGGAAACAGACUCACCUUUUACCAAUCUCUACGCCGAGCCUUCUGCCCUUCCAAAGCUCUACCAAAAACUCACCGAGAGCUUCAGCAAUUACUGGAACGAGUUCCUCUACAACAACGACCCUAACGAGAGGCCGGAGAUCUUGAAGAAGCAGAUCGGUAUAUUUCACUGCGCCAAAAUCGGUGUUAUAGUUCUAGUUUCUUCGCUGAAAGAGUUGACGAGACAGUAUAGAAAACGAGAGAGGCCUGGAUUCUUUGCCUUCUUUUCGAUCAUCCAGCGAGAAGCCAGCAAACGAAGUUUCGGUCCUCUGGUAUUUCUACGGGCACUCGUGAGAUCUCUGAACCCUUUCGAAUUAAUAUACGAAGCCAUAUCGUGGUUCUGGUACCUCGGGGUCACGUUGACCCUGAAAACACCGAUACUAUUGUUACGAGAGCUUCGAGCCUUGAAAUCACGUCACAAGCAUUAUUAUCCAGACACUCUGACAUCCAUCUUAUGGUACUACGUUCCGUUAAUAGUUCUAGCCACCAUGGAAGUCCUGUCCAUCACGUGGAUAGCGAUCAGAGCGCCUAAAACGAUAUUGGAGGAAUUAUUUUUAAAACAUCCACAAACGAAUCGUCUUCAGACCACAUCCCCGUGUGGUAGAAAAGUGGUCGCAUGGUCCGAAGAUGUUGAAUUCGAAGUUCUUAGAAAAAUCUCUAGUAUGACUGGCGCGACUGAAGCUGAGAUCCUAUUGGCCGCUAUGGUCGAUUCUUUGAAGGAGUACUUCCGGCAUUCAGGGGUUAGGAUACCGGACGACGUACUCGCGACUGGAAAGUUUAUUAGUCAGAGAGCGAUUUUUGUACAGAAUCAUGAAGCCAGGGGUAUUUUGUGCCUCGCACUGCCUACUAGAACUCCGCUGUUCGAAGACGAUCUGGUUGAAAUCUUACAGGUCAUCCAGAAGAACGUACGAGAGGCGAGAUCGAAGCAGAGUGCUAUGUAUGCUAUUACAGCGGCGGAGGAUUCCUUCGGAUUGAUUUCUUCUUGUUUACCUUCGUUGUUGCUCAAAGUGAUGCUAAAUCAAUUAACGAGAAGGUAUUCCCUCUCGUUGACUCACGUCGAUGGAGAUUUACCUGUGGAAGGUGUCGAUGCUGUGAUGUAUUGGAGACCUCCUCAAGGCAACUGUAAUAUGUCCAUAACAUUACAUAGGUACGGGAAUGGAGUACGUUUGGGCGUAAUGGGUGACGCGUUAAUUGGCCCUGAACAUUCAAUUAUUACAAGGACCUUCCCGAAAAGUAUAGAGAAUCUAGCGAACGUGGUUGGUGUACCAAGAACUCCUAGUAGACAUUCUACACCGAGCCCAGCUAGUCCGAGCACAUCACCUGGCCAUUAAUAUUUGCACGAGGGCUAUGCAAAAUAAGUCACGUGUCUGGCCCCUGGGAAGAUAAAUAAAAUAUUCUUUUUAUUUUUUUAAGUUUUUUAAAUAAGAGAUUUCACGAAAUACCAACUCGUGGAAAGUGAUUGAAUCGGUUAUUAAGAUACCAAUAAGCCUCUGUAGGGUUUGUUAUUUAAUCGUGCUGAUACAAAGUGAACGAUGUUUAUAAAUAUUUACGCGAUAUUCGCUUGAAAAGAA